AUCUAUAUAUAUAUAUUUUACAGAGCAGAGAGUAAGCAAGCGAUAGUUGCUGAGAUCAUACACGAACACGAGCAACGUUGAAGCUGUUCGUUGUAACAGCAGCAUAAAUUGCAAACCGCGAGUGGCCAUUUUUUACUGGCAUUUACAGCGCAAGUGAAAGGUUUAUAUAAAUAUAUAAUAUACUUAUAUUACAAUAAUAUAAUUAUUUAAAUUUAAAUAUAAUAUAAAGGUGAUGAAUUCAAUUGUUGAAAGUUAUUGCUUCGGACAGCUCAGCAGAUGAAGUUUUGUGACCCGGGACACCAGGAGUUUAGUUCUUUAAGGGCCAGGGGCCAUUGUCACGUGAUCUGUGUUUACUAAAAUGGUGACCCAUUGCAAGUGACAAACAAUUGUCUGUAAUGACAAAUAUUUAUCUAUAUGUCCAGUGUAGUUGCUUGGUAUUAAAAGUAAUUUAAUUAUUGAACUGAACUGAGUGGAUGGAGAUAUAUUGAUGAAGACAAGUAAUUGUACACGAGUAACUUGAUUAAUUGAUAACAAGUGGUAAUUUGAACAUCUGCUGGAUAAACUUUGGUUUAUAAAUAUGCUAAAUGUAGAAGAAUUCAGAAUGGUUUACAGAUGAUCUUGGAUGCAAGUAGGUGCCAAUGGAAAGAAAUUUGAGAAGGGACAUAUUAAUGUCAUAGUACCCUCGCAUUGUGACAACAAACGCCUGCGGCCAGCUGACUCUUAAAGAUGGCCACUAAUCAAGUUGAUUACCAGUGGGCUUAUUCCAUUAUGGAUUCGUCCAGAGUAUCCACGUUCCUUAUUUCAAUUUUAUUAAUUGUCUACGGGAGUUUUCGAUCUCUGAAUAUGGAACAAGAGGCGAGAGAGAGAGAGAAAGAAAAAGAGCGUAAAAAUUUAUUAAAUGGACUGGCGAGUGGUACCGGUAUUACCGAUGGUUCUGCUAGUUCUGGUGUUCAAACUCUAGAUACUAUGCACGCUCUUUGUUUACCUCUCGGUGCUUCCAUAUCUCUACUGAUAAUGUUUUUCUUCUUUGAUAGUAUGCAAAUGCUUUUUGCUAUUUGCACAGCAAUUAUUGCCACGGUCGCACUAGCAUUCCUUCUUCUACCCAUGUGCCAGUAUAUUAUCCGACCGUGUUCUGAUGGAAAUAAAAUAUCAUUUGGAGUUUGCGGCAGGUUUACCAGUGCUGAGUUGUUAUCAUUCUCACUUAGUGUUAGCAUAGUAUGUAUUUGGGUGUUAACAGGACACUGGUUACUCAUGGACGCAAUGGGUAUGGGUCUGUGUGUUGCCUUCAUAGCAUUUGUACGACUGCCUAGUCUGAAGGUAUCCACACUCUUACUCACUGGACUACUCAUCUAUGAUGUUUUCUGGGUUUUCUUUUCGUCUUAUAUAUUUAGUACAAACGUCAUGGUCAAGGUGGCAACUAGGCCAGCUGACAAUCCCGUCGGACUCGUGGCAAGACGACUACAUCUAGGCGGAGUCGCGCGUGAAGCUCCUAAGCUUUCUUUACCUGGUAAACUGGUUUUCCCGUCAAUGCAUCAAGCUGGGCACUUCUCAAUGCUUGGCCUUGGCGAUGUUGUCAUGCCUGGGCUAUUACUCUGCUUUGUUUUACGUUAUGACGCUUACAAAAAAAGCCAACUCAUACCCGGUGGCUGUGAAGCUGGUGUACCACCUCCGAGACAUCUUGGCCGUAUCAGUUACUUCCACUGCUCACUCAUCGGUUAUUUUCUUGGUCUACUCACUGCCACAGUAAGCUCCGAGGUCUUUAAAGCCGCCCAACCUGCAUUACUUUAUCUCGUACCAUUUACGCUUUUGCCGUUACUUACCAUGGCAUAUCUCAAGGGAGAUUUAAGAAGAAUGUGGAGUGAACCGUUUAUAACUCAUCCACCAUCAAAACAUAUGGAUGUUUGACAACUGUCAUGGGAUCGCACAUUUCAAGUAUUUCGCCAUAAGAAAAAAAAAUUGAAUACGUAUGUAAUAUCAUAUUUCAAUUUAAUACUCUUAGUUUCAUCAGUAUCAUACAUACGUAAGUAAAAUUCGCUUAUCAUUCAUUUAAAGAAAAAAAUAUUAUUUUUUUUUAUAAUUAUCAUUUUUUUUUACACUAACAUUUAUUUCGUCAUCAUUUUAAAUGAAAUCCUAAAAAAAAAAAAAUAUGCAAUGAAAUUACUUGACUUUUAUUAAUGUUAUCGUUUGAAUAUUGUAAAAAUGCACUAUGGAGAUUCAACGAUAUGUAGAAUUUAGAUGUAAAAUUAUAAGUUAUUACUGAUAUUUAAUUUAAAUAUCUUAUUAAUAAUAUUAUAUAUGGAGUAUGGCUGACUGAGAAAAAAAAAAUUGCGAUUUAAUUUUUUUUUAAAUCUUUAAAUAAGUAAUAUUUAAACGUAAUAAAUAUUAUUUAUUCCGGUAAAUUGUGAUGUAAAAAAGAAAAAGAUAAUACUGAAAGUAUCUAUAAAUCCAGAGAAAUUAUAUUAGAGUCUACGUUUUACGUAAAAUAAUCAUAAAUUAAACGGACAAAUUUGUAAUUAGUCAUCUAUUUUUUUUUUUUUUUUUUUUUUUAUAUUUUAUUUAUUUUGUAUAAGAAAUUAUACAUUUAAACGUAAAUAAAUUCUGAGGCAAUAGUUAUUACUUUUAAUUAUAAUUAAAAUUGACAUUUAUUUGAUUGUGUCGGUAUGUCAAUUUAAUUGUAGACACGCGUGUUGGUUGUGAAUUUAUUUAAUGAACUCAAAACUUACCUUUUUUUUUUUUUGUUUCUUUUUUUUAAACUGAAUAAAAGCAACAAUGUUAUGUAUAUAUAAAUAUAUUAAUUAUAAAUCAUUUUCAUAAGUGUUUUAAAACACUUUAAGUUUUGGUAAUUAUUUUAUUGGAGAAUAUUCUCAUAGAAGAUAAUUCUUCUAAGAUAGAAAAAAAAAAUAUUUAAUGAACAAAUGUGCCGAAACUUUUUUGUUUGUACCUUAAAAAAAUUAUUUAA